AAAUUUUGUGAAGCUAAAGAAGUCAAAGCGCUUAAUACGGCCUUAAUCAAUGGUGUAUUGAUACACAGUUAAUAAAAGCUUUGCUGUAUCUUCACCGUCAUCAAAUUAAACCUUUACUUCAAAAGGCUUUUAUUUUGUCUUUAAGAUGGUGAAAUUUAGUGAAAUUGAAAAUAAACAACUGGAUCCUAGAGAAUUUGAAUAUCGAAUGAACGUUAAAAUUCGUAAAAUUAUUUCAAAAUGCCUAAAGAAUGAUGUAAAUAAAGAUGCAGAUGAUAAGACCAUCAACAGACUGAAAGAAAUCAUGGACAAAGAGGAAAGUGAUAAACAAAUGGUUUCGUAUGAUGAGCUCACUGACGUGCACAAAUGCUUACAGAAGCUGGACCCUUCAUAUGACUUGUUUUUUCAUCAAUUACUUGAGGAGACAAAUGUAAUCAUUCCAACUAGUAACAAGAAACCUGAACUCCAAGCAAGGCUGAUUAAGUUAAAAUGUGAAGCUGCUGCAAAAGAGUACAAGAAAAUGUCCAAUGGAAUAUGUUUGACAUCAGCAAAUUCAAAAGAAAAUAAAAAUUUAUCUAAAGAAGUGAAAGAAAUCAAAUCGCUUAUUACAGCUUUGAUUAAUGGUCUAUUGGUGGUACUUUGUUCAUUUUACUUCAUCUAUAAAGUUGUUGAGUAUUCAUUACCCAAGCAAGAUAUACCUUUCCAGAUAAUUGUUGCUUUAGCUGCAUCCACUGUGAUUGCGAUCGCAGAGCUGUAUUUUUUCAUUCGAGUCAUGUAAAUAAUUUAAAAAUAUCGUUUCUUUUAUCUUUUGUAACAUAAGAUAUGCACUUAUAUUGCAUAAAAUAGUCAUUGCUUGUAAUCGAGAAAAAUUAAAAGUAAAUCAAGAACUAAAAUAUA